AACUCUAUGCAUCGGCAUGCAUCAUUAUGACCCUUUCAACAAACUGCUUUUCUUUGACUGUGGAGCACUGGUCCGUUUCAUAGCUGUGGAACUUAGGCGCCAAAUUUUCAAGGGAGACUUCUAGUAGACACAGGAAUAAAAUACCAAAACACUGCAGAAGUCGCCGUCUCUGGCAGGCGUACUGAAGGUUCGCAACAUGGAUGGCCAAAACCAGGACGUCCACGCGAAAUGGUCCCCGACGGACGUCGAGUGGGAUGCCGUUAACCUUAAGGCGCAUGCCGCAAAUGGUGGCGACCAACCAGUACCCGCGAUAAAUAAGUAUUACGUCAAAGGACGCGGUGCUACAGGCUCAGGGUCGCACAGCGUGGCACAUUCACAAUGCCGGGUCCCCGGUUGUACGUCAGACCUUUCACGCGACCUGGCAUACUUCAGGAAAUACCGGAUUUGCCGCGAACACUUGAAGUCUCCAGUCCUCAUGGUGGAGGGCGUCCCCAGCCGCUUCUGUCAGCAGUGCUCCAGGUUCCACCAUAUCCGGGAGUUCGACGGCCCCCAGAGGACGUGCCGUAUGAUGCUGGAGCGGCUGCGUCUGAAGCGCCACAGCGGCAAAGCGGCAGUCGGGGGCAAGGGCGGGCGCGGCGGCGGCGGCGGAGGCAGCAAGGCCAACGCCGACGUGCAGCAGCCGGACACCGGGCCGCGGGGCUGCUCCUCGCAGUCCAACUCCUCCUGCAAGGAGUGGGAGCCGCUCUUGGGCCACCUGGGCCGUCCACUCUCCUCGCUCGGGCCCAACCGCUCCUCCGGCAGCGGCGAGGGCGCCGAGUCGGCGGUGGGUGCAGCAGCGGCCACCAUGUUGGGCACCACCGCCACUCCUGGCGCCAACAGUGCCACCAGCACCCCCACCUGUCGACCACUGCUGCUGCAAAAGCUAUCACAGCCGCAGCAACAGCAGCAGCAACAGCCUCAGCAGCAAGCCCUGUGUGGGAAUGCAUUGGCCGCUGCUUCACAAGCACAGCGCAUGCCUGCUGCCGCUGCCGCUGCAGGCAUAUGUGUGGGUGUUGAGGGUAACGGUAGGGGCAACGGCUUUACUUGGAGCAACGACCAAGAUAACGGAGGCAUGUUGCAACCGUUCCUGGACUCCACGUCUGCGCUGCUGCCCAUUCGUCGAGCAUCAGCAGUCCCAGCGUUUGCCGGUCUUGCGGGUUUGGGCCUAGCAGCGGCUCCUGCCUCCGGCGCUGAGCUCGACAUAUCCUUGCUGCUGCACCGCAACAACCCCACGCUGCAACCUGCGACCAACGGCAACGCUUUGAGCCUCCUCAUGUGUGGCAACGUGGCGGAGCAAAGGCCCCUUCAGAGGCAGCCCACGCCCGGCCAAAACGCGGCGCUGGCCUCUUCCUUCUUCCAAGACGCGCCGUAUGGGCUCCCAGCGGGCGGCCUGGGUGCGAAGCCGCUGGCACCGGCAGCGGCAACACCCCAACUGCUGCAGCAGGCCGCGGAUGGCAAGCCGCCGAGCGACGAUCGCAUGGUCUCUUCAAAUGACACGAUUCGUACGGAGUUUACGGUUGGCAGCUGGCUGUUGCAGUCGCUGAGCCUGUCGAAGGAUAAGGCGGCCGCGGAGGCGGUGGAGGCAAGCUUGGGUCUGGGUUCGGGAUCCUUGGUGUUGGGAGCCGCGGGCGGAGCGCCUGGCGGAGGUCUUGUUGGCGCGGCGGCAAACCGUGUGAUGGCUGACAUACGGCUGGAGAUGCAGUUGCGCGCCAUGUAUCAGGAGAUGGACAUUGAUGGUAUGGCGGCAGCGGCUGCUAUCUCCCUCCAGCAGCAACCACAGCAACAACAGCAGCAACAGUUGCUGCUGCUGCAGCAGGCUAUCAAGCACCCCAGCUUGCAACCCCUCGUGCCUGCUUCCUCAGCCGGUCCGGCUGCAGCCGCAGCCGCUCUCCUGCAAACCGCGAAUAACACUGGACUAGUACCCGCCACACAAUCCGCGACACCCGCCCCCGUUGCCAGUGCAACCGCAACCGCAACCACCCGCACCAAGCCUGCAACCGUCGCCAACGGUCACGCGGUGGUACAACAGCACCUACCGGUCUCGGCAGACCUGCUGGCAACUCCAGCUUGCCAGGACCUGCUGCCCAUGAUGCGGGAUCUGGGACUUGAACGGGCGACUGGCGUGGGUGGCCUGGCCCCUGCUGCUGACUCUGGUGCUCUUACGGCUGCUGGUGCUGCUGCCGCCGCCGCUUCUGUUGCUGCGGUUGCGGCGAAUGCGGCUGCGGCAGCGGUGAAUGCCGAGCCCCUCACGGCUGAGGGCGGCUGCCGAGGAGUGUCCCCGGAGGAUAUCGACGCAGCGCUGGAGAUACUGAUGGAGGAGGCGGGCAUGGCCGCGGUGUACACCAACGGGUUCGAGGCAACCCUGGAGCGCGUGUGCUUCAAGCUCCAUAACGUGCAUCCCCGCGACCUGCCGCCUCAGCUGGUGGCCGCACUAGGCGAGUGGCUCGUCGAAGCACCAGCGGAGUUGAUCCAGGGCGCCAUCCGCCCCGGCUGUACACAGCUUACGCUGGACGUCUACGUGAAGCGCGCCGCCGGCGGAAGCAGCGGCGGCGACAGCAGCGGCGGCAGCAGCGGCCAGGUAAGCGCCGUGUGGACAACCGAGGCCGCGGCAUCGUCUUUGGAUUCCUCAGCGGCAGCGACGUCGGCAUCGUCUGCGCAGUCGUCGGCGGCAGCGGCCGAACGGGGCGAAACUGUCGACGGUGGGCGGCGAGUGUUGGAGGGGCUUGUGCCGACGCCGGAGAUGCUAGCCCGACUGGACGCGACAGGCGCGGAGGCGAUUGUGGGUGCGGAAGCGCAGGCGGGAAGCAGCGUUGGCGGCGCCGUCGCAUCAGGAGCGGCGGCGGCGGCCACUAGCGGGGGCGUCAGCGGCGCUGCCGGCGGCGGCUCCCUUAGCAACACUCGGUUGCUCAGUGCGCUUGUGAUGGCUAGCGGCGAUGUACGGAUGGCGGUUGCAACCUACCGGAAGCUUCUGGGGCCGCUUGCCGUACAGUCCAUGUCUGUGGCAGUUGGAUACGAGACGCUGACCAUUUCGGGUCCGGACAUGGGGUAUCACGUGGCGGACCUGCGAGGCACAGUGGCGGGCAUGCUGACGCCGCUGCUGCUGACGGUGGCUCCGCUGGCCGUGAUGGCAGGCUCCCCCUGCGAGCUGCGCGCCCGCGGCGCCCACCUGACUGGCCCCGGCCGCCGCCCCAUCGUCCGCUGCCAGGGCAGUCACGUGCCCUGCGCCAUCGUAAACACCGCAACACCUGGUGGUGCUGGUGGUGGUGGUGGUGCUGCUGCGAUGGCCGCCAUGGGAGAUGCGGCCGGCUCCGCUGCGAGUGCCGGUGCGGGUGCGGGUGCUGGCGGCGCGGUCGAGAGCAUGGCAGGAGGAGAUGCCAAGAGUGCAAGGUGCGCUGCGGGCGAUUCCGCAUUUUCAUCGUCAUCUCUCUCAGCGCUGGCUCCGAUGAUGCUGACAGCCACUCUGCCGGGCAGCCACAGGGCUCAGGCACUGGCGGAUUAUACGGAGGCAUCGGUGCGGCUGACGGCUCCCGAGGCGGGCCUCAUGAUGCUGGAGUGGGAGGAGCAGCGCGAUGACGGGCGUGUGGCGAUGAGCGAGUGGCUGCCGGUGCUGUCGGUGCCUGAUCCCAUCAUGGCUGCGGAGAUCAACAAGCUGGCCGUGGCCAAGGAGCGCGCGCAGAAGGGCGUUCGCAGCUUCCUGGUGGAUUUGGGACUUGUUCUGGACUUCGCCACCCGGGUCAGCCAGGGCUUGCUGCGCAGGCGGCGCGUGUCCGCAGACGGGGACGCAGCGGAGGAGGAGGACGAUGAGGCGGAUGUGGAGGAGGGGGGCGUGGAUGUGGAUGUGGAGGGAGGCGAUGAGAGGAGCCGGGGAUCGAGGGGCGGCGGUACCGACCAGCGCGGCCCCUCGAGCAAUGCGACCGCCCGCACCAGCAACACCGGCGAGACCGGCGACCUGUCUCCCUUCUCCGCCCCCGCCAGCACCCGCAGCGCCCAGCAGCCCUCCCGACAGCACGAUGAGAUGUUUGAGCAGCACCUGGCGCGGGUGGCGGCGCUGGUGCCGCAGCUGCUUGCCUAUGCGGCUGACGGCGGGCUGGUCAGUGUGCUCUCCUGGCUGCUCGACUUCAGCCUCGAGUAUGUGUUCCUGGGCGACCUGCCCGCGCUCUUCCGGUCCGUAGAGGCUCUUGCUGCCCCGCCGGCGCUUGCGGGCGGCGCCAUUGCGGGGGCUGCAGGCGGCAGCAUGGGCGCAGCUGCAGGAGCGGCAGCAGCAGGAGCGGCUGCGGGGCUGCCGCUGCUGCACCGCGUGAUCCGCAGCGGCAGUGCCAAGGGCGUUCGGCUGCUGCUGACGCGCGCGCAGUCGCAUGGUCUGUGCUGCAACUUUGCGCAGGCGGCAGGUCCCCUCCGUGUCACCCCGCUUCACCUGGCGGCCCUCCACCCCGCCAACACGGCCCUGCUGCACGCCUGCCUCUCCGCCGGGCCCCACGUGCAGCUACUCUGGAACACCGUCGCGGAUGCUGCGGGCCGCACACCUGCCGUAUACCAGCGCCGCCAGGCGGAGAAGGCCAUGCAAUCCGGCGGCAUGCUGUCUGCCGGCGGCCUGGCUGCCAGCUCAUCCCAACACAGCUUCAGCCAGUCUGGCGUCAGUUCCACACCCGUGUUCCGGUCCUGGGGCUCGGAUGAGACCUCGUUUGAGGGAUCCGCAGGCAGUUUUGCAAGCACCAGUGCUGCCGCAGCCGCCGCUGCAGCCGGCGGUCUUGGCGCGGCAGCAGCAGGGUUCCAGGUUGGCUGGAUGCCCAGCGAGUUGGCUGCGUCUUUGGAGGGAUACCGGUCGGUGGGAGCCAGGGCGGGGUCUACGCCGGUCUCGGCUACGGCGGCGGCGGCGGCAGGCGCUAACGGCGACGAUGACAGCAGCGCGGAAGAUGCCAGGGGCGCAGGCGCGCUGGAGAGCGGAAGUCCUAGGAUUGCGGAUAGCGUUGAAGAUUUCCAGGAGCGAGUCAUGACACGUAGGCGAGGCGUACG